AUGUCAGCAGCACGAUGGCCAGUCCGGCUGUCACUACAGUUACAGACCAGAUCCACAGCAAGAGGAUUAGUGAGAAGAGCAGAGCAGCGAAGGUGGCUACAGAAGCCAUCGCCACGAUCUCGACCCUGGGCUGGCAAGCGAGAGGGAAGAGAGGAUAGUAAUGAUGCUUUUGUACAGCGGAUGCAGCAGCAUAAUGAGAAUCGACAACAAGAUGCUCAGGCACAGCAGAAUGAGCAGCAACAACACCAACCUGGUCGAAAUACGCAGCUCGCAGAGACGCUUGCCAACGCAGAUACGUCUGAUUUGGUUACCGAAGUGCAUAUUCCACCUGAUCCACAUGCUGUCCUACCACGCGAUCACCCUGCGCUCUCGUUGCUUGGGAACAGUAGUCUGGUCAUACAACGACAGCUCGAGAUGAUGAACGUCAUGCUCGGCUUCGAACAGGCGAAUCGCUACAUCAUCAUGGACGGGCAAGGACAGACGAUCGGCUACAUAGCAGAGCAAGACCACGGUCUCGGCACGGCGAUGGCUAGGCAGUUCUUCAAGACGCACCGAAGCUUCACCACACAUAUCUUCGACAAAGAGGAGCGGGAGGUGCUGCGGAUACAUCGACCGUUUGCUUAUAUCAAUUCGAGAAUACGGAUUUAUGACCCUGUUCCGGAGGGAGGAUAUCAGGGUACUGAGGGUAGCACAGCCUUACAUGGGACAUCCGCGAGUUCUGUCAUCCAGCCAGGAGCAGAAGCGCAGGUGAGUCCGCUGAAGUUGGACGAGAUGAGAAUCAUUGGCGAAGCACAACAACAAUGGGCUCCUCUACGACGGAAAUACAACCUCUUCUCCUUCCGACCGCUUGAGCCCGCCGGCGACGCCACCAGUACCACUCCACCACGGAUCGAAUCUGGAGAGAAAGCAACAUCAGAUACCAUGGCAUUGACAGAAUCUCAAGCUCCCGAACAGGCCAUAGAAGCCGGCAUGGCGCAAUUCGCCCACGUAAACGAACCCUUCCUAUCCUGGGACUUUAACCUCCGUGACGAAGUAGGCAGCACAGUCGGCUCCGUGAACCGGAACUUCGGGGGAUUCGCAAGGGAAAUCUUCACCGAUACGGGCGUUUAUGCUUUACGAAUGGAUAGUGCUGCUCAAUCCUCUGUACUCGAAAGUCAAGAGGGGAAGGAGGUGCAGAGGUAUGAUCGAGAUGCUACGGCCAUGACGCUUGAUCAGAGAGCUGUCAUGCUCGCAACUGCUGUGAGUAUUGACUUCGAUUACUUCUCCCGCCAUUCGCACGCUGGUGGAAUGGGAGGGGGUUUCAUGCCCAUCUUCUGGCCCAUGGGUGGCGGAGGAGCAGCCGAAGGCGCUGGGGCGGCAGGAGCCGGAGCCGCAGGUGGAGUCGCUGGUGGUGCGGCCGAAGGUAGUGCGAUCGCUACCGCCGAGGGUGCGGCUGGAGCUGCUGGUCGCGGACUCAGUGGUGCUGCGGGAGGUGUAGGCGAGAGUGGUGCGGUGGCUGCGGGUACGAUGGCGGGGUAUGAGGCUAUGCAGCGGGGCGCUUAUGGUGGUGGUGGGAGUAAUCCUGCGAACGAGGCUGUCUUUGAUCCGGAUAAUCAGAGUCCGCAACAACAGGCUAGUCAGGAUUCGCCACCCGAGGAGAAGCCUUGGUGGGAGCAAGAUAGUGGUAACGAUAAUGAUAAUGAUCGAUGGGGUGGCGGUGGGCCUGGGGAUUCUCCGCCACCUAGUGCUGGUGGUGAAGGUGGUGGGGAGGGUGGUGGUGGCUUGUUCGACUCCUUGAGCGACUUCUUUGGAGACAGCUGA